AUGGUUUCUUACAUCAAAGGUCCUGCUUACAAGUCUGUCAAAUCUUUUGCUGGUGCCAAUUUGCCACUUUUAAAGACAUACGCACCUAACUUAAUCUUGUGGGGUGGUGCUGCAGGCGCUGGUGUUGCUACAUUCACCUCUGGUGUCCCAAUCUUUAAGUCUACUUUCUACGCCAAGAUCCCUUACUUUGGAGAUUACUUCACCUACAACCCAGAUCCAGAAGAUGUCCCAAUCUAA